GUAUCACGUGAUUGAUGACAGAUGUGUACGUGUGGGUUCUUUGCUUGUGGAAAGCGAUGAUACAGCAACGUAAGGCGAGCAAGGACAAAGACAAGUGAAGAAGGUUAGAUGUUCCGACUACAGGUGUAGUGAACGUGGAGGUAACGGCCACAAUUUCUAAUUGGAAUCACGAUCAAAACCACCUCCCGAUGUGGACUGGAUUUAUCGCGAUCGAAUCACGAUCCAGUUGCAAAUUUGGCUAAGAGAGCCAAAAGAUGUUUGAUGACCAAUGAUGUUGUUAUGAAAGCAGUAGAAACACAGCCAGACACAGAGUCAGCUACUGCGAAGAGGACAACAGAAUCAACUGGCACAGACAAAUUUGGUAUUGGAUUGCUAGCAAGACAAGAUGUAUCAAACAGCACAGAUUCAACUGAUACCACUAACAGUACACCAAUAACUACAUUCCUAAGCUGCGUUGAACACCAGUCGUCACAAGUGCUGGAAAGAUCACGCAUAAGAAAAAUAGAAAAGGUCAGAGGGCAAGGAGAAAACUGUAGCAAGAGAAGUUUGACAGUAAAGCAAAGCACAUUGAUCAAGGCAUCACAUCACAAUAUGCACGAUGUACACAGGAAACAAAUUUGAACAACAUGAAGCUGUCGCCACAACAGCAACUCUCACUUUACCAAUACAAAGUAAGAAGACAAGAACAACGGCAUCAGUGAGAACGACUGAUCACCCAUCAUGGGAAGCAAGUAAAAGAAGACGGGCACAAGAACAAGCUAUCAGUUCAUUUAGUGAAACCAAGAUAAUUUCAGACUCAGACUAGUUAGACUAACAUAUAAUUCAGUCUUCUAUCAAACAAUUUUCUUAAUUUCUAACAUCCUAUCUGCGUUGCUAAUAAAGUAGUGCUCUCUGUUAGCUAAUCAACAGAAAUUUUUCUGUUCUUUCUGCUACCACUCAU